AUGCUGGGCAUGUACGUGCCGGACAGGUUCUCCCUGAAGUCGUCCCGAGUGCAGGACGGGAUGGGGCUCUACACGGCCCGCAGAGUCGCAAAGGGUGAGAAGUUUGGACCGUUCGCCGGGGAGAAGAGGGUGCCGGAGGACCUGGACGAGAAGAUGGACUACAGGCUGAUGUGGGAGGUCCGUGGGAGCCAGGGGGAGGUCCUGUACAUCUUGGAUGCCACCAACCCGCGACACUCCAACUGGCUUCGCUUCGUUCACCAGGCACCGUCGCAGGAGCAAAAGAACUUGGCUGCCAUUCAGGAAGGAGAAAAUAUUUUCUAUCUGGCAGUUGAAGACAUAGAAACAGACACCGAGCUGCUGAUCGGGUACCUGGACAGUGACAUGGAGGCCGAGGAGGACGAGCAGGAGGGCCUGACGGCGACCCCGGAGGGGGAGAGCCAUCAGGGAGAGUCCACACCUGGCCACACAGACGGCUUCGGCUGUGACGAGGGCCACGCCUGUCCCCAGUGCGAGUCCACCUUCACCAGCGAGGAGGUCCUGGCCGAGCACCUGCACACUCUGCACCGGACGCCCAGCGAGGAGAAGGAAUCCAAGUGCAGGAGCUGCGGGAAGAGGUUCCCCGUCCGGCAGGCCCUGCAGAGACAUUGUGAGCAUCACCGGGAGCCGUGCCGCAGCAAAGCCAGGUUCGUGUGCAAGGCUGGCAGCUGUGGGAAGAGGCUGAAGAGCAGAGACGCCCUGAGGAGACACCAGGAAAACGUCCACGCUGGAGAUCCGAAGAAAAAGCUCAUAUGCUCAGUGUGCAAUAAAAAGUGUUCUUCAGCAUCCAGCCUACAGGAGCACAGAAAGGUUCACGAGAUAUUUGAUUGUCAAGAAUGUAUGAAGAAGUUUAUUUCAGCGAAUCAGCUAAAACGUCACAUGAUCACCCACUCAGAGAGACGGCCCUACCACUGCGAGAUCUGCAACAAGUCCUUCAAGAGGCUGGACCAGGUGGGCGCCCACAAGGUGAUCCACAGCGAGGACAAGCCGUACAAGUGCCGGCUCUGCGGAAAGGGCUUCGCCCACCGGAACGUGUACAAGAAUCACAAGAAGACCCACUCUGAAGAGAGGCCGUUCCAGUGUGAGGAGUGUAAGGCCCUGUUCCGGACCCCGUUUUCCUUGCACAGACAUCUGCUCAUACACAACAGUGAGAGGACCUUCAAGUGUCAUCACUGUGACGCGACCUUUAAGAGGAAGGACACCUUAAACGUUCACGUCCAGGUGGUCCAUGAGAGACACAAGAAGUACCGGUGUGAGCUGUGCAACAAGGCCUUCGUGACCCCGUCAGUGCUCAGGAGUCACAAGAAGACACACACGGGGGAGAAGGAGAAGAUCUGCCCGUACUGUGGCCAGAAGUUUGCCAGCAGCGGGACGCUGAGGGUCCACAUCCGCAGCCACACAGGCGAGCGCCCCUAUCAGUGCCCGUACUGUGACAAGGGCUUCAGCAAGAACGACGGGCUGAAGAUGCAUGUUCGGACGCACACGCGGGAGAAGCCCUACAAGUGCUCGGAGUGCAGCAAGGCCUUCAGCCAGAAGCGAGGCCUGGACGAGCAUCGGAGGACGCACACCGGGGAGAAGCCGUUCCAGUGCGAUGUCUGUGACCUGGCCUUCAGCCUGAAGAAGAUGCUGAUCCGACACAAGAUGACUCACAACCCCAACCGUCCGCUGGCAGAGUGCCAGUUCUGCCACAAGAAGUUCACGAGGAAUGACUACCUCAAGGUGCACGUGGACAACAUCCACGGCGAGGCUGACGGCUGAUGGCGGCUGGCCACGUGGGCGCCGGGCCCCGGCUCCCAGCUCCCCGCCGUGGGCGCCACCGCGGUGCCAGCCUCGCUCCCUGGUCUCAGCCUCUUCUGCCCACCUUCAGAGUCUGUGGACACAACACGCAACAAAGAAUACAAGAUCCCUCUUUGACCGAGAAAUGGGACCCGUGAAAAAAAGUAACUUUGUAACCUUACAAAUACAACUUGUGCUCUGUUCUGCACAAUUGGCAACAGAGCCUCGGCUGUCCUUGGUCAUCUCUGUAAUGAAGUCUAUUAACAUCCCGGUACUGGGCCUUUUUAUUUUAUUGUUAUUUUUGCACACGCACGUGUGUGUGCACUUGUGCACAUGCUGGUUAUUGCGACUGGUUAUUGCUGAUUUAGCCAGAAAGAAAUGAAGAUACUUAGUGCAGACCGGGGGCAGGGCGAGAGCUUUCAACACUCGGGCAUGAAAACCAGAUGAAACGCUGUUACCAGGGGAAACAGACCAAAGGCGACCUCGCGUCACAUCGCCCUUCGCAGUUAGUUCAAAGUAAGGAGGAUCUAAGAACUGAAGCGCCUACUGGAAUGUCGCCCUUGUGCACAGCCCCUAGGAAGCACCCGGCUGGCUGUCAUCUACACAGACUCUCCUCCGGGGAGGUCUGCGCAGAGGUGACGACGCUGCCACACUCGCCACGCCGGGCCCCCUGGGCUCAGGCCAGCCCUGCGGACACGAACCACACAGACACGCGG